CAAGUGACUUGAUCAAUUAUAUUCGGCUACUGCGAAGCGUUGUUUCUUCAGCAAAAAUGAAAGGCUGUAUUCAACGUGACGAGGAAGGUAAACCAAUCAUAGACAGCAAUGGAUUCGUUACAAUUACAUGCGAAGAAGACAAUUUGGUAUUCCAAUUACAUCUGUCAGAAAUUGAUGAAAAAGCUGAGCAAAUGUGCUUCAAUGUCAAUGGUAGAGAUGUAUAUAUUGAUGUUUAUCCAUGGGAAAUGAUUGAAAAUGAUUCGGAAAACGAUAAAAUAGAAAUAUCUGAAGAUGAUAAAAUCAAUGUCCCAUCGACAAGUAAAAGUGGGAAUGCGCAUUUUCCUUGGUGUGACGCCUCGACAAAAAUCUUUUUAAAAGAAUAUAAACUUAAGAAGGAACUGGUAAGGAAUCGAAAACUAAAAAAUAUGAAGCUAGCAUAUCAGGAAAUAUCCAAGAGUUUACAAGAUAACGGAUUUACUGUAUCUCCUUUGCAAGUAGAAAAUAGAUUCAAAACGUUGAAACGUGCUUAUAAAAAUAUGAUAAUACAUAAUAGAAGGAAUGGAAGGGGAAAAUAUAUCUGCAGCUAUGAACAAGAUUUAGACGAAAUCUUUUCCAAAAACUUUUUAAGUGAUGAUUCAGAAAUGAAAGGAGAAGAAGCCAUAGAUUCAGAAAAUGCUACAUUCAAUGCUGAAAGAAUACAUAAUUCUGGCAAGAAUAAUGAACAAUAUGCAAGAUUGGAAGCUCAGCAUAUGAAGCUAAUUGAUAAUCUGCAAAACUAUCAACGUAUGAUGAAGAAUUUAAUCACCAAGACAGACAACAGAAAUAAAACUUGCAAUGAAACACAAAAUAAAAUCUUACAAAUAUGCAUGGAAAUGCACGAAACGCAGAAAGAAGCAUAUGCUCGUGCAGAAGAACAGAGGGAGAAAGCUAAUCUACAGAGAGAAAUAAGAAAUAAUUUACUUGAAGAAAUUUUAACAAUCCUAAAGUCUAGAAAGGAAACAUAAUAUCAUCUAUGUCAGAUAAGCAAAUGCAUAAUGUCUUGUUAAUAUUUUUAAAAGUUGCAAAAUACUAAAUUAUUUAUUUUGUUAAAUGCAAAGAAAUCCUGAUAUGUUCUUUGUUGUAUAUUUUAUAAUUCUGUUACAAGAAUAACAUUUUCUUAUCUGGCAACUUAUAACAGAUUGUAUAUUUAUGCAAUAUUUUUUUACGUAUGUAUAUGUAUAUACAUUAAUAUGAAAGAAUUGAAACUUAUUUUUUAUGGAAAUAAGAAAAACAAAUUAUGUAGACAAAAAGACAAGGUUCUCGCAUUCACCAAAAAUUUGAAAUCAAAUUUUAACCUAUUUUUUUCUAAAUUUUUCAUAAAUUAGUCUAUAUUAUUAGUGUAUACAAGAUUUAUAUUUAAUAUAUUUCUAAUAAUGUCGAAAUGUUCUAAUACCUUUCAGCUUCUCAAAAAUAUUUUGCAUAUAAUGUUCUAAUUAUUUUACCACACAUUUUUAUAUC